AUGGGGAAGGGAGACACCCAGGAGGCAGCUCCACCCACCUCAGCCCACCGCUCUGUCAUGGAGGAGUAUGGUUAUGAGGUGGGUAAGGCCGUUGGCAAUGGCUCCUAUGGGACAGUAUAUGAGGCUUACUACACAAAGCAGAAGGUCAUGGUGGCUGUCAAGAUCAUCUCAAAGAAGAAGGCCUCUGAAGACUAUCUGAACAAGUUCCUGCCCCGUGAGAUACAGGUAAUGAAAGUCCUGCGGCACAAGUACCUCAUCAACUUCUAUCAGGCCAUCGAGACCACAUCCCGGGUGUACAUAAUUCUGGAGCUGGCUCAGGGUGGCGAUGUCCUUGAAUGGAUCCAGCGCUACGGGGCCUGCUCUGAGCCCCUUGCUGGCAAGUGGUUCUCCCAGAUGACUCUGGGCAUCGCCUACCUGCACAGCAAGGGCAUCGUGCACCGGGACUUAAAGUUGGAGAACCUAUUGCUGGACAAGCGGGAGAAUGUGAAGAUAUCGGACUUUGGUUUCGCCAAGAUGGUGCCUUCUAACCAGGCUGUGCGUACUAGCCCUUCUUACGGACAAAUGAACUGCUUUAACCACCUCAGCCAGACCUACUGUGGCAGCUUUGCUUAUGCGUGCCCAGAGAUCUUGUUAGGCUUGCCUUACAACCCUUUUCUGUCUGACACCUGGAGCAUGGGCGUCAUCCUCUACACUCUAGUGGUUGCCCGUCUGCCUUUUGAUGACACCAAUCUCAAGAAGCUGCUGAAAGAAACUCAGAAGGAGGUCACUUUUCCAGCUAACUUGUCCAUCUCCCAGGAGUGCAAGAACCUGGUCCUCCAGAUACUACGCCAAGCCACCAAGCGUGCCACCAUCCUGGACAUCAUCAAGGAUCCCUGGGUGCUCAAGUUCCAGCCUGAGCAACCCACCCAUGAGAUCAGGCUGCUUGAGGCCAUGUGCAAGUCGCCUAGCGUGGCAAACCGUCACCAAUCCAUGGAAAUCAGUAUCUGA